AUGGAGAACGAGCAGAAGAAGCGCUCGCAGCGGAAUCGCCGGCGCGAACGGGCGCAGGAGCUGAAGCAGAGACAACAAAUGCAAAUGCUCCAGAACGGGGAGAAUAAAUCGCAGGAUAAUGGGGGCAGUGGGGAUGACGACGACGAUGGACCCCCACCCCCUCGGGGGCCUAGGGAGAGGACAAGGCAUCGGCCCAAGAAGAGAAAGAGCUCACGGUCUAGCUCCAAUGACGAGGAUAUAAUUGAUGGCUUUGCAAUUUCCAGCUUCCCGACACUGGAUGCGAUGGAGCCUGACACGCCCCAGUGUCCCAUUUCAGACAAAUAUAUUUUGGGUUGCUAUGCUGCCACUGCUAAUGAUGGCAAGACUAAGGAUAGCAAGAAGUCCAGACAGAGCCUAGAGGACAGUACCAACACGGACCGCAGCAAGCGCAAGAGGCCGUACCGUAAAAAGGAAGUCAAGGCCGAUCAAACCGUGGGCAGAAGGCAGCAUGUGGUCACGGAGAAUAUCGACGUAAACACCGGCGUUGAUAUUCUCCACGACCCGUGUCAGCGCACCGGUGCCCGCAGAGCUCAUACAGCCCCAAACCAUGAUGCCAGAUCCUCCAUGCUUUACUGA